ACGUGAAAAAAUUUUAAAAAUUUAAAGAGGGGUACAAUCUAGAAAAAUAUUAAACUUAGGGGUACAGAAGAAAACAAAGGUUGGAAACUGCUGGUUUAUAAUAUUAUAAUAUAAUUAUGACUAUAAAAUUUACACAUUGUAUUUUUGUUGUUUUAGAUCAAUGUAUUGAUAUAGAAGUCUUGAGUUAUAUGAACAGUGAACAUGUGAGAUUAUUACUGGCAAAUUUUCCUCUUGGUAUUCAAAUCAUGUUUGAAAAAUAUGUUCAUAAUUUUUAACCAAGGUACCAGUUGGACAGAAUCAUAUUCCAUUUGAAGAACCAGAAUUGAUCCCAGUAACACAAAAUAUUGUUCCAACAAAUGAAAAUAAUAUAUUAUAUAUUAUAUAAAUCAAAUUCUCACAAAAAGUACACAAGGUUAUAUGGUUGCUGAAUUUUAUUUUAAAAAUAAAAAAUUGAAUGAAUCGUACCGUACACUAUUAGUCGAAUUGAUAAUUAACGAUUUAAUAAAAAAAAAUCGUACUAUGACGAUAGAUUUAGCUAGAACUAUAUCAAAUGCCAUUAUUAUGGCAUUUCCAACAGAAAUAAAGGAUAUUUAUUUUUUAAAAGAUAGUACUUGCAAAGCUCCUAAAGGAAAGGUUUAUAUGAAAUACUUCAACACUAUGAAGAAAUUAAAAAAUGGAGGCUUAAAAGUAGGAAACAAUAAUACAUACGAAAUUAAGAAGAUGGUUUAUAGAUCCGAAGAUCUACUUAAUUCUUCACUAGGUGUUUAUAAUGUGCAAAAAAAUAAUUAAUUGUUAUCAUUCAAUAUAUUGAUUGUUAUAUGGUUUACGUAGUAAUUGAACCUGAUUUAGAUUAUAUGUCACUUUCUUUAUUAAACAAUGAUGAUUUGUCUUGGCCUGAAGUUGAAACAAUAUGGAAAAAUACAAUUAACUUCAGACUUCAAUACAUAAGAACAAAUGAUAUAGCAUCCAUUUUUAAUAAAUGGUUACAUUAUACAAAGCCAAUGGACCAUAAAUUAAUAGAGAUUGAUUUUUGUCGAAUAUACCCAAAUUUUAAAAACUUGAAUGUUAAAUUUGAAAAAACAUUACCAACUUAAAUAAGUAUAUUGAAUGAUCAUGUCAAAGAUAGUGGAAGUGUAGCUCUAUUACGUCAGUUAAAAGAAUCUACCAAUUUAUGUAAAAGUAAGAUUUUAGGUUUACAUUUUUGGACAGCACUAUUCAUAACUAUUUGUUUAUUUAUUUUUGGAUGGUGAAACCUUUACUCUAUUAUAUUUGCUACAUUCAAUAUUUUUGCCUACAACUAGAAAAUUGACUUUGGGUGAACAAAGCAACAAAUCACGCAUACAAGAUUUCCAAAACUCAUUAAUUAUCAUAGCACAUACUGCAGUAGAAGUAGAAUUAAUUUUAGAAAAACUAAAAAAGCAAAAAAAUAACAUACAACCUUGUAUUUUAAUUGUUGGGUCAUUAUUAAACUCUGUCCAAAUACUUGUAUACUUUGAUGAUAUAGAAUACAAAGUAUUCUCCGCUUUUAAAGCUGCAGAUAUAUGUUUAAAAAUUUUUCAUGUAUUCAAUUUAGAAUAUCCACUACAAUGCAAUAAUGUAUGGUUGUUUUUACAAAUUUAUUAUUAUGCAAUUUUGACAAAAUAUGAUAGUAGUAGUUUGAUAAGACAAAUUUGUUCAGGUAUGGAUACAAAUUUAACUGAUUUAGAUUCUAGCGUUUAGAUAGUAACAUUUGUGAUUAUACAAUAUACUCGUAUAUUUAUG